AUGAUUGACUUCACCGAAGUCAACCGGAAAUACUUCGACCAACUGGCCACCACAUACCAGGAUCGAUUCGCCAGAGCCGUCAAGACAAUCACCGAGCAGACCCAGCAACAUCGUCUAUGGCUUAGUGAUCGAUGGACCGACACGGCAGCGGGUCAGGGCCAGGAGGUCAAAAUGCUGGAGUAUGCCUGUGGGCCAGGUACAGUAUCAAUGGCCCUCGCCCCGUUCCUCACAAAUGUGGUGGGCAUCGACGUCGCCAGCAACAUGGUAGAUGAGUACAACCGGAAUGCACAGGCUGCCGGGCUCGGCGAGAAAGUAACCGGCCAUGUGGCUGACUUGCUCGCCGAGUCUGUUCCCGCCGAAUUCUCGGGCCCGGAGUUCAACGACUUCGACGUCGUGACGGUCAGCAUGGCGCUGCACCACUUCGAGCACCCGGACCAAGCCCUGAAGCGGCUAGCAGCACGGUUAAAGCAGGGCGGCGUGUGUUACAUUAUCGAUCUCGUGGCACAAGCCUCACAUGGUCAUGGUGAUGACCAUGGCCACGAUCACGGCCAUUCUCACGGGCACACGCAUCGCCGCCAGAGUCUUGAUCUGGACGACGCAGCGGCAACUAUCAAGACGCACGGGUUCUCGCGCGCAGAUAUGCUGAAUCUGUUUGAAGACGCCGGAUUGACUGUCGGGUUCGAGCACAAGGUGCUCUCGGAGCCGCUUGAGCUCACCAAAGAUGGAAAGGCCAUCACCAAGACGGUGUUUAUUGCUCGGGCCCAGCGGGUCUAA